AUGAAGCAACGGAUUAACACAGGGCUUCAUGGAUCAAGCGUUUCUGAUAUAGACCGUGAGGCUUUCAUUUUAGCAAAUUUACAGCAUGAAAAUAUUGUCAAUUUGCACGAAGUUUUCUAUCGGGAGGAUUCCGUCGUACUCAUUUUGGACUUAGUAACUGGUGGGGAACUGUUUGCGCGCGUAGCCGAUUGUGAGCGGUUAUCAGAGGAGGAGGCUUCAAAUUUUGUCCAGCAAAUUCUUUUGGGUGUUCAACAUAUGCAUGGUUUGGGUAUUGUUCACUUGGAUUUGAAGCCUGAGAAUAUAAUGAUCGAAGAUCUGGCAUCCAGAAAGAUAAAAAUUAUUGAUUUUGCCUAG